AUGAGCUUCCCUCGGCCCUUGCGCCGAUCCGUCAGCCUGAGCUCUGCGCGGACCCUGAGGCUCGUGGUGCUGGGACAGGGCGCCGUGGGCAAAACAGGUACCGUCCCGUCCACUCCCGUGGGUGCGGGUGUCCUUAAGCACAGGGGGCAGGGGGGAUGUUUCGCCACUCGAGCGCCGAUCCUUCCCUCUCGGGGUGGGUAACCCGCGUCCCUUCCGUCUCCACGUGGAGGGCCGGCCGGCAGCGCUCUCUUUCCAACCCGUAGAAAUCGUCCCCUGCAGGCUGCGCUCCCGCCAUUAGCGCCAAGAAGAAACUUUCCGGCUCGGCUAAGAUCUUCUUCCUGGGUCUCGGAUCUACAAAAGGCGCUGUCUCUGAGACAAGCCCUCCUUUCCCCCCAAAACACCUUAAAAAAUAAUCUCAACAGUCCCCAAACUGAGCCGCAAAAAGCAGGGAGGGUCCCGCUGCCGCUCUCUCAUCCUUCCCCUCUAGAAGUUAAACUCCCCGCUUGCAAACAGAAUUUGCUGCUGGAAAAGAGGGUCCCUUGUCAUUUACGAACACUUCUAACGCCUCGACGGGGCAGCCCCACCCGUCACACAGACGUGGGGGUUCCGCGGACGUUUCCCCGCAAAGUGUGGCCCCUUUAACCCCUGUGGACCUGCCCGAGCCAGUAGGGGAAAGAGAGUAGAAGACAUGGCCGCUCGCCCUUCUUCCCACUUCCCCUGCUCCGAGUCUCAGCUCGGUACCUGGUGAAGGACCACCUGGAAGGCACUAGGUUGGCAAAGGCUGAUUUGGAGGGUCGCAGGCUCUCCAUGCCUCAGAUAGACUCCCCAGGCGUCAGUUGAUGUAUAUGUUAAACUUGCAAAGCAAAAUCACCUAGUCAACAUCUGUUUUAACAGUCAAGGAGUAAUUGGUUUGUGUGGGACUGCCACUGUGCUGCUCACCUCAUCCAGCCAUCUUUACCAGGCUCCCAGUGACAGGGAAACCUCAGAUAGCCCACCAGAAAUUGCCCAGUAGUGGGCUACAGUUUGGCUUAGUGUGCAUAUUGCCUUGCAUUUCUUGCUUUAAUUACUUUUGUCAUUUAAUCCCACUCAUCCUCAGGGGAGUGCAGGGCGGUGGUGCAGCUGUGUUGUUUUAGACUCCGGACUUAAUGGUUUCAUGUACCACAACCUCUUUAGACAAUGAUGUGCAUUACUUCAAAAUGUGACAAGCCAGUCCUGCUGCAUUCGGGGCGGGAGGCUUCUGCUCAUUGUGCUGAGUGGGGUCCUGGACGUCUGUCUCAAAGCCAUGUCUUGAUAGCACCCUUGGUUCAGGGAAGCAUAUAUGCCGUGUCUUCCUAAACAACAACCCUGUUGGGUAGGAUGGCCCAAAGCCAUAUGUGCUUCAUGAUGAGACAGGGAUUGGGCAAAGUCAGACACUCUUAUCUGCUGCGCUGCCCUGGUUCUCCAUGAAGUUAGGCUAAGAGACCUACGGCAUGCUUAAGCCCACCCGCUGAGUUUUAUAACCAAGGAGGGAAUUGAAAUGGGACAUUCUGACUUAACUUAAUUGUUCUCAGAGUACUUCCUACAAAAUGUGCCCCCACCCCUUGUUGACAUCGAGAAAGUUGUAAAAUGAUGUGUGAAAGAGGAAAAUGCCUCCUUCAGCUUCUUUCAUGUGUUCAAACAUGGGAGGAGAUCAAAAGGAAGGGCAUUUACAAAGCAGCUUUUUCAUUCAGAGGAUCAAACGGCUCAGGACCUCAAUAUCGAAAUACUGUCCCUCUGUGUUCAUCAUCUGAGGCUCUUCUUCGUGUGCCUCCUCCAUGUGAGGGUGGCAACACGAAAACAGGCCUUUUCUGUAGUGGCUCCCCAUUUGUGGAAUGCUCUCCCCUGGGGGGUUUGCCUGGCGCCUUCAUUAUAUAUAUUUUAGGUGCCAAGUGAAAAUAUUCUUCUUCAACCAGGCCUUUGGCUGAUUAAUAUUCUACAGCCUUUUAAAUGUGUCUGUGGGAAGCAAGGGUUAUUGUUUUGUUGUUUCUGUUUUAACUAUUCACUUGUGUUUUUACCUUGUAUUUUAUUCUGUGAACUGCCUUGAGAUCUUGUGAUGAGAGGGCGGUAUAUAAAUUUAAUAAAUAAAAUAAAUAAAAAAUCAAGAUCUUUUGCAGGUUGAAAGGACAUUGAAAUCCCAUCCCCCACCCCCGCCACACACAUACAAUUCGCCGCUAGAUGGUUGUUUCAACAGACCCAUAUAGGCAUGUUGCACAUUUCCCUGUGCAGUGGGAUGUUCUGGGGUGUAAUUUCUUUGGAUAAAAGAGCACUGGAGACAAAAGAUGCCUUUGCAAUAUAUGCUUUAUUUACAAAUGUACAACUAGAGUAUAGUUGAAAGCAAGCAGACUCCUGAAAACAAAUAGCAGAUUCCCAGAGGCAUAGCAGAUUCUCAGAGAUCUGUGCACUUCCAGUUUUUCAGAUAACUAGGAAAAGCUACAUAAGACUUCAGUGCUUUCAUUUUGGAGGAAAAAGAAACCGCAAUGCCUCCAUCCUGAUCGUGCUCUUAGUUUAGAUGAAGACCCUGCACUUGUGUUCUCCUGGAAAUUGCUCCCUCCUGGCUGCUUUUUGUCAUUGAAUGUGAUGUUUACUGCAAACAAAACCAGUGGGCAAAUAGCAGCCAAGUAGGUGAUGGGAUCUGGAUCAGGAGCACCUCUUUAGAUAAGGAUUCCCAGCUGCUGUAACUCCAAAGUAACAGCAGCUAGGGUAAGCAAGCUUAUGUUAAACUACUAAUAUCCUAUGUAGUUUGGCCCUAACUCUAGCUAGAAACUCUCAGUGGCUCUUUUCCUCUUCAUCCUUCUGUGCCUGUCCAUUGUUGGCAUCCAGUCAGAAUCCAUAAACUGGCCGGUUCCUGUUCAGGAAAAUAACCCACAAGCAAUUGAAAAAAAAGUCUUCUUCCUGAGUACUCAUGCACAGGGCUCAAUCCAGCCAAACUCACAAUACCCCUCCCCUAUCAAGAGAUGAGUUAAACGCUUGUGGCUGCCAGCGUUGCUCAGUAAAAGACAACAUAGCAUGUUAACAAGAACAAAGAAAAUGCAAGACGAUACAUGACAUCAUCAAUACAUGUUUGGUUUGUUUCCUCUGGACUAAAACAAAUUAACUCUCACCAUUCAGAUCACCAGUAUUGACAAAAGGGCAAUGUCUAACCCUUGAAGAAGGCUCUUGCCCUGGGCAUACCAGUUUAUAUCCUAUUUAAUUUCAUGUUCAUUAGGAUGUCCUCAGCCACAGCCAGCCCCUCUCCUAGUCCUCCAUCACUUGGGUGAGUUUCUAAGAUGAACAAAGCUAACAUAACAUGACGAUGCAGAGAAUCUCCCGGUACUGUUUUCCUAGAACUUCAUUCCAAAAAGAAGUAUCACCUAAGGCUUUGUCAUUAACAUUUGCUCUUUUGUAGCAGGUUUGUAUUUUUCCCAGGCGCCCACUAACCCCCUCCACUUUAUACUAUGUAUGUAAUCAAAACACUUAUUUCUGAAAAUGCCACCCCACAGUUUCCCCUGGUGAGUAUAGUAUUUCUCUUCAUCCAGAGGCUGCACAAGAGGACUCCACUUCUGUUGCUUUUCAUGCUGCUUGGCAAAGGAUCCAGACACAAUGGAUGUGUGUGUUGCACAGUUUGACUGCAACAUAGCUGAUUUCUGUUUCACAAAUAGCUGGCACGGGGGAAAUUGUGGGGGCUGAGUCAGCUCGGGAGCAUGGUGAAGUUAUUUGAGCACUCAAAGUAUUAUUAAAAUGAUACAUAUAUUGUUAUUCUGAGAUUCCCAUUGUGGACAUUUGUUGCGGGCUAAAAAGUGAGGUUCAAGUACAGGUUGUCUCUUUAAUCUUUAACAGGGCCUUUUCUCUUUCCAACUGCUACCUCAAAGGAGUCACUUAUAAUGGUAGGCUUAGAUUUCCACUAGUUGUCAAAGCAAUGAUGUUAAAUUAAGCAGCCCUAUAAGAAUGUGUCCACACCAAAGGGUGGAAUUCAGCUAGCGAGUCCCAUCAGCGCAAGACGUGUGAUGGGGCUUCUCCUUCAGUGCCUACUCGCUGCAAUGCCCUGUGAAAUUAGUUCUGGGUGUUGGUAGCCAAAUUAGAUUUGGCUAAUCCUAGAGGGGCCCCAGCAAAGCAACUAAAGCAACUUUAGUCCGCACUGCUUAAAACAUUUGGGUCUAGCAGACCCAAUUUGAGUGGCAUGACUCAAAUUGAUUAUAUAUAUAUAUAAUCAAUAUAUAAAGUUGGAGAGUCAGUUGCACGGAUGUUGUAAAGGUGUGAUGAUCUGUCAUGGAACAACCCCAGAUGUUGAAGAAGAUAGCAGUGGUUAGCCAGACCUUGUUGCUGGUUGUAAAGGGGCCCCCAUGACAGUUCGAGUUUCAGGACCCCCAAAAUGUGGGUCUGCCACUGCCUGCCUCCUCAGCUUUAUUUGUUUUGCUACCCCCUUGGUUUCCUGGCCUACAGUGUCUAGGUCUCCAAAGCCCCCUGAAAAGUUCAUUCUUUCCCUUCCCAACAGCAAGUAGCCCCUUGUGUUCCUCGUCCUGUGUGAAGAUUUGAUCAGCUGAAGGGACCUUUCACAUCUGUCCUAAGGAUGGCCCAGUUUGCCAACAUUUUAUUGUUGACAGCUCUCCCCAUCCUUGAGCAGCAGAUAACCCCUGAGUGUGGCACGGAAGAUACAGGCAUCAUGAAGUUUUAAACUAGUAUAUAUAAGAUUUCCUGAUGAAACUGGGAAAACAUGCUGAGGCUGAAAAUACAACCAGGUUUCCAGUGUUAGGUUUCAAAGAGUGCUCCUUUCCGAUUAAUUUCCCUUGCUUCAGGAAGGAAGGAAACUUCACAAUUCACUGCAGAUGCAAUGUGGUUUCCCUAAUCAUAGCCAAUGCAGGUUUCAGUGCUUUGGCUGAAGAUGCCCUAAUAAAAUUGUCCGCUUCCCCAUAGAGUGCCAGAAGUUGAAUAGCAGGUUACUUUCUUUGAUGUAAAUGAAAAUGUACCACUUUAAUUUGGAACUUUCAGAGGGGUGGUCAUGUUAGUCUGUUGCAACAGAAAUAACUUCUGGCAACCUGGAGAUCAACAUAUUUAUUAUGGCUUAAGAUUUUGCGGAUUAGAGUCAAUUUCAUCAGAUGCAAUCUCAGUGGAUAGGUGCUUAUACAUUGGUGUAAAGGGUGCGGGGGGGGGGGGAGAGCAGGUGUUGGAAUCAAAUAACAAUGCAACGCAAAAUCUGUUGUCUGUGACAGUUACUUGGAGCAUACAUGCAUGUAAAACAAGUACAGUGAACCCACACAGCAACAGUAAUUGUUGGCUUUAAUUAGGAAAGCUUGAAAAAAAGUUGAACAAUUAAAGUUAACCUUUUUGGUGGUGUAAUUUUUUAUUACAUUUUUCAAACAUUUUCACAAUAGUAAAGGUAAAGGGACCCCUGACCAUUAGGUCCAGUCAUGGCCAACUCUGGGGUUGCGGCACUCAUCUUGCUUUAUUGGCCGAGGGAGCCGGCGUACAGCUUCCGGGUCAUGUGGCCGGCAUGACUAAGCUGCUUCUGGCGAACCAGAGCAGUGCACGGAAACGCCGUUUACCUUCCCACCGGAGUGGUACCUAUUUAUCUACUUGCACUUUGACGUGCUUUCGAACUGCUAGGUUGGCAGGAGCAGCGACCGAGCAACGGGAGCUCACCCUGUCGCAGGGAUUCGAACCGCCGACCUUCUGAUCGGCAAGUCCUAGGCUCUGUGGUUUAGACCACAGCGCCACCCACGUCCCAUGGUGAAUAAUCUUCAUCAAAUAGUUACAUGGUUUCAUAAACCCUUCCGCAGGGUUUAUACUUACACCUUUUCAACUGCAUUUUAUCCUUAUCAAUUAAAGUUAACAUUUUAGCUGAGCUCUGUAUUUUGAUAUCAGUAUAUAAAUAUGGGAAGAAGGCUCAUUUUAAUCAGCCAGUCAGUCAUUUGAUUUGUAUGCCUGUUAAAACUAUGGUCAAAGCAGCUUACAAUAUUUGAAGGAUUACAUAAUUACAAACAACAAAACAAAAAUAAAACAUCAAAAAGUAAACAACCAAACUGAACAAUUUCUAUGUAAAUCAUAAGCAGAUACAAAAAAUUAAUAACAGCAACAACGCUCCCCACCUACAAACCCCCCUUCAGUGGCCUCAGCUUUUGUAGCUGGCCCUCCCAGUCCACAUGGAAAAUGCCAGCAAGGCAGGGAGCAGGUCUUCCUGGACUCACAGCCAAUAUGGGUUUCAGUAAUGGGAGUGAUCAGUCAUUUUGUUUUAAAAGGCAAUCCAAACAGAUAAUUUGGCAACAGCAGCGUGCGCUGCUCACCACUAAGGGAGGCAAUCCACAGCACGUACUCUAUUCACCUUUGCAAAUCCCCAUAUUGCAUAUACUGUACACAAGUGUUGAAGCAUGUCUCCCUAGGAGUUGCAGUCGUUGAACUUUUAGACUAGGAGAGUAAAAAGGAAUUUCACAGAAAGAAGCUAGACAUUGCAUUGCUCCCAUAAACCACAUUGAACGUCAUAAAGUCCUGAAUCAGCAAGAGGUUCCUCUUGGGUAGAGCCACUGUGUGUAUUCUCAUCGCCUGCCCAGCUGCUUGCUUGCAGCAUUGAACAGACUCUUCUGCAUAAAAGUUCUUACUAGUGAGUAAUUGCAAGUGAGAUCUUUCAAAAAAAUAAAUAGCAGACGGCAAGUGCAGUUGCUACUAUUGUCACUUGAACAUGUAGCUCAUUCAAUUACUUCCCCCAAAGAAUCCCAAGAAUGGUAGUUUGUUAAAGGUACUUGGAAUUGUAUGAAGGGGAAACUACAGUUCCAAGAUUCUCUGGGGGCAAGCCUUGUGCUUUAUAUGUGCAUUGGAUUCACUUUAAAUGUAUGGGGUGGAUCUGCAGAUACUUUAGUCAAGGGGGAAAUCUAGAAUGUUUGAAAAAUUAAAAAGUAGAAAAUCCCAAAGAAUUUAGGAAGCGGAGAAGUGUGGUCAACCUGGACAUUCUCACCAGUCAAUUUUAGCAGUGUAAAUCAGUUACUCUUUAUGAUUUCAACCCAGGAAUGGGGAACUUAUGGAUUCCAACUCCCACUUGCCCCUUGGCAUGGGCGUAGCCAGGUUUUUUGUUGGGGAGGGCAGAACCGAUGGGAUUGGUCAAGUUAAGUAUUUCUACUGUUUUACUUGAUCUAGGGGGGCAGCUGCCCCUCCACCCCCCUUGGCUAUGCCCAUGCCCCUUGGGGAUCAUUACCGAACCAUAGGUGGAUCCAUAAGGUGGAUCACAACAUCUGCAGCACUACCAUACAAAUACAUGCCCCUCCCCCAAUAAUAAUCAGGAAGUGGUUUCCAAAAUGCAUGUUUGGACUAAAGGUGAAGGUCUGAAAAGGUGUUUGACUGAUGAUCUUGCCCAAUAUGAUCUACUGUGUUUGGCAGUAUCUUUCCAGGGUCUCAGCUAGAGAUCUUUCUUUGCCUUCCCAUCACAGAUAAAUUUAACUGAGAUGCCAAGGAUUGAGAGUAGGACCUUCUGCAUGCCAAGCACGUACUCUUUCACUCAGCUACGCCCCUGUCCUGACAUUUGUUUGAAUUGUAGCUUGUAGUGGUAGAGAGAGAAAAAUACUAAGACUUUCUAAAACCAGUACUGGUUAUGGCAAUUUACACUUAGACAGGCUGUCUAGAAAUGUGGAAUAAGCCUUUCUCAUGGCUGGAGCAUAGAAUUGGAUUGUCUAGGAGCCGUGGGGAGAGUGCGAGUCUCUGCUCAUACCUUAUUUUACUGAGAUGGAGGCCUGAUUCACUUGGUCAUUUAUGAUGUAGGAAAGAGGUGCGAUGCAUGAUGAACAUUUACAGAAACUCCAGGAUAAAAGCAACCUGCUGCUUAACACCACUUGAUUUUAUAGAUGUUUUAUUGUCAGUUUUGUAAUUGCAAGCCACCUGGAGACCUUGUUUACAGACAAGCAAAAAUAAAGACUAGAUUAUGAACUGUAAAUCUAAAGCUGUCAGAGUAACUCAAGUGGAAAAGGAUUUGCUCUUACUUCAAAAUAUUGACCCAAUUACAACUUUCCCACUUAAAAACUUUUUUCUCAAUCUCAUUGCUUAAACUACAGGCAGAACUGAGGUUCUGUCUAUAUGAAUUUCACCACCAUGCAGGAUGCUUUGAUCUGUGGAGCGGAGACAUCAGUCGGAUCAGCUGUUCCCUAUAAAAAUGCUAGUGUAGGGGUGGGUAACCUUUUUGACUCCACAAGUGAAAUUUGAUAGGUGCGCAGGGCUACCCAGUUAUCGGUCAAAUGGCAUCACUGCAUUGUCUAGCCCAGGCUUCCUCAACCUUGGCCAUCCAGAUGUUUUUGGCCUACAACUCCCAUGAUCCCUAGCUAGCAGGACCAGCGGUCAGGGAUGAUUUGAACUGUAGUCUCAAAACAUCUGGAGGGCCGAGGUUGAGGAAGCCUAGUCUAGCCAAUAAAUGCUCUAGCUGAAAAGGUUUAGUCAUACAUAAAGACUGGACUUGUAAGUAGCUUUUAAAUGGCAUGUUAACUUGUAACAAAUUUCUAUCUAACAGUUUUUAAUAACUGUUACUGCAUUUGACUCCUAGUAAAAAUAUGCUUUCAGUCUUCAAAGCUGUCUUCUAAAGACGCACUGCCAUGUGUGGGUGGGGGCAGGGUGGGGCAAACUUUGCAAGGGCUGGUGUGGGUAGCCUCUUCCAUUUCUGCCACCUGAGGCAGCUGCUUCACCCUGCCUCAUGGGUGGGCCUGCCUUGGCCCUACCUGUCUUGGCAAGCAAGUUUCAAGGAGCCCUGCCAGUGGGCCUUUGAAUCUUCUCCAUUAGUUCCAGAAGCAGGACUUAUUUUGCUGCAGAAACCCUCUCUCUCUCGGCACUUUUCCCAGAAUCAUUGGAUUUUUCUUAACCGUGUGCAUAAGAGUCUGACAUGACCAGACCUUUGUUUGGAGAAGUACAAGGAUGGGGUGCAGGUGGGGAGGGUGAGCAGAAGAAGCUCCAAGUUGCAACUUGGCAACCCUAAGGGCACUAGUUUGAUCUAACCACAAGGAUCUCUUUCAACAGGCUUUCGUUUAUUAUGAGGCUCUUGGUAAUAGGAUAUAACUUAGAUAGUUGGAUUUAUUAUAUUUUUAAGGUGUUUUUUUUCACCUGCCUGGAGCUCUUGAGAGUAGGAUGAAGGGAACAGAAGUAAGUCACCAAAGCUAAUCUACUCUGUAAAGGCUCCUCAUUUUAUAAAGGCACCCCAGCUUGAUCUGCCUCUAAAACCAUGAAGUGUUUGGUUUAUCCAUCAGCGCCCACACCACACUUUCUUUAAAUGUUACCUGCAGCAAAUUCUGCUCAUGUUCAAGAUGAAUAGUUGGGCCUGGUCUCCGUGUCAACCUCCGCCUCUCUGGCCUUGACUCCUUCCUUGUAAUAGGGCCUUCUGUUGUUGUGUGUUUUUCCCCCUUGACAUUUUUAAUCUGUUUAAUUGGGUUCUUAAUAUAGACCCAUGCACUUUAGCUUUGGGAGUCUGCCCAGUUCCUGCUAUCGAAGCAGGCACUUCCCAGAACUCUAGAUUGAUUUGUUCCACUGUCUUCCCCUUUGCCAGUGAAAUCCUUAAAAGAUGCAAGUAAUUACAGGCUGCUGCAUUUUGUUGCUUUACUCACCUGUAAUAUGGCACUCCAUGGGUUGUCAUUUCAUAGCUAUUUCUAGAAAUUGCUUUCGAACUAAGCCUGACCCUCCUCACCCUGAUGUUUUCCUUUGAGUCCUCUUUUUGCUCUGCCAUACCGUCAAGACUGAAUAUAUACCUUUCUAUAGGGCAGAAUAUUGUGGUGAUGCAAUUGUGGGGAAUGAGGGGUUUGGGGGCUCCCCUUUAUCUAGUUUCCACCACCAGGUGAAUAUCUGCAUCCUCCCUUGCUUCCAAAUUGACUUCUUAGAGCACGCAGCUUGCCAUUGGGGUUGUCUCUUGAUCCAGAACUUCCCCCAGGGCCCAGCCUUACCGUUAGGCAGAGUGAAGCAGCUGCCUCAGGCAGCUGUCAUGAAAGCGCAGCAAAUGUAUUCAAUUUCUUGCAAUGUCACAUUGUGUUCAAUAUUUUUAUUCACCGCGUAGUUUAUUUGCACAUUUUUAAUGUAUGUUUUAUUGUUAGUCUCCAUGGGCCUUCCCGUUGGAGGGCAAAACAGAGUAAGCAUAAAUAAAUUACUUUUUUUGCAAAUGCUAAAAACAAAUACCAAGUUUGGGCUGUCUGGUUUCAAGGGGUGUUCUUGUUGCUGCUGCAUGAAUCAUAUUUCUCACUUAUAACUUUGGAAUUUGUGAGGAGAAACAUAAAUUCACAAUCUCUGUUCAAAUGUUACCCAUGAAAUCCCACUUCUACCACUAAAGCCGGGGGGAAAGCAUAUUACCUUCAGCAAGCACAUAAAGUGAGAAGGGCAGAAACAUAAUUGAUGAUACAUGAUUGGCCAUUCUUGGUGGUGGGUCAGUUCUUUAGGGCAGUGGGUCCCAAACUUUCUUUUUUUAAAAAAAAAGAUAUUUACUGAGAUUUUCAGAAUGUUACAAAAAAUAAAAAAAAAUAAAAUAGAAGCGGAAGAGAAUACAAAGAAUAAAAAUAGUUAUAAGAAAAAAUUCCAAAUGAGAAAAAAAUGACAGAAAAAAAGAAGAGUGCAAAAAUCACAAAACUUUAAAAACAUUUAAAAACAAAUUCAUUAUUUUCAAAUCCUUAACUGUCAUUACCUUCUUUCUUAGACCUCCUCCUCCCUUUCUUUGUAUCCUAGUUAUUAAUUAUCCCAGCAAAUCCUUGACCUUAUCUUUCUAUAAUAAAAUAAACCUUAACACUUAAAACUUAAAUCUUAUCCUUACCAACUUCUCAUAAUCAUAAUAUUCUUUCAUAAUUCUUUAAACAUCUUUGCUAAAGCCAAGUAUUUUCAUUCCAACAUUUUCCUAUCAUUCAUCAAUUUUAUAAAACAGUUCUAAUAGUAGAAAAAAGAGGUAUAAACAGAUCCAAUCUUCAUCCAGCGUCCCUUCCUCCUGGUUCCGGGUUUUGUCAGUCCUUAUUCCCGUCAAUCUAGCCCAUUAACCUGGCAACCUUAUGUCCGAGGCCCUCAAGUCUCUUCCAUGACCCUUCCGCGGCUCUUCUUCAUAUUUGUAACUGUAUUUUCCCUUGUCUCUUGCUCGUGGUAACUCCAGCUUGACAAUGUUUUUAACCCUUCUCAACAGAUCAGCCCCUUUUCCAUGUUCAACAAUGAAUUCCAUGUAGUAUUUAAAAGCAUGUUUCAAAGGCCCUCCAAAAUUGAGAGCCCCCACAGUCCCAAACAUCCCAAACUUUCCACCUCCCCAAGGACCACUUGAAAAUUGCUGAGGGUCUUUAUGGACCACUUAAUAACAUUUCUGUCUGUUGUAGCAAUCGUAAUGUGCUUUGCUGUUUGAUUUUCAUUUUCAUUUGAUUGCUUUGUUUACUUCUUAUACAUUGCAUUUCCAUAGAAUUCAAAACAAUAAAAGACAAUAUGAGAAAUAAAAGGAGCUCAGAGAAGCUCCCCUGGCUGGAAAGGCGCUGCCUGCAGCCUCCUUAUGCCAGCAGACUGCCUGAGCAGAUGCUUAACUAUUAGUCACUUUAGCUGCCACUCUGCUGGGCAUGUCCUGGACCUUGUUUAGUGGUCAACCAAUCCUCUCCUUGAUAGACUCCAGGUUGCUCCUGGGUCCUAGUGCCCAUCCUGUCACUGUUUAUGUGAGCAAAGUCUGCCAAGUGCUCUGUAGCAUCUUGAAUUGAUCCAAAUCUUGCCGCCCCUCCCAUCCUGUCGCUGAGGCACCUGCCUCACCGUGGCUCAUUAUUAAGCCGGCCCUGAUAUUAUAUAUUGGUUUUACCAUGUAUUUUUGUAUAUAUUAGAAAUGAAAUGUUUAGAAAAUGAAAAAUCCAGUGCUUUAGGUCAGCACUGUCUGAUUUCGGUCAGUGCCCACUGUGCCACAUAACUCUGUUUAAAAUGGCAGCUUGCAGACUCAGUUGCCUGAUGCUGGUUGGACUGGCUACUAGAGCUUCUGCCAGAGCCCAGCCUUACAGGUGAGAAGGCUUAUUAGAGGGCACGUCACCAAGAUCCCCUCAAACCCAAAGUCCUGAAGGAAAAGCUCCUGCAGGUAUUCCUGGGCCAGGCAAGAUGUUUGUUCCUGCCCAUUGGCUCCCCAUACCUGUAGCUGCUUCAUAGAUGAGGGCAAUCACGGAUACAGAUUUAUGUCUCAUUCUUAAUAAGAAAUCUUGCUUAAGCCAACAUCUAUUACAGCUUUUUUUACAAACAAACAAACCCAGUGAUAUGUGUGAAUUGGUAACGGUGAUGUAUGCCCUUUGCUGCCCUGAUUUUUAAUGUAUCUUUUCACAUGAUGUGUUAGCACCAAUUUCUCUGGUAAUGAAUUCGUGACUGCACAUUUCUUAUCUGUGGAGAGGAUCAUGUUAAAUAUUGAGCUAUAUAUGCAGAUGUAUGACACGGUGUUCUGGAUGGAAGAAAGAUUAAUCUGGUGAUGAGUCACUUCCUUCCAGCCAGUUUCAUAUUUACUUUUAAAAACAGCAACAAAUUUAUACUGCCUGUCUUCCAUUUUGGAUUUUAGGGUGCUGUAGAAUCCACUAAUCAUAACAAAUGCACUAAUAAAACAAUAAAUAAAACCCAUUACAGUACAUUAUGCAUUCUUGGGUUCACAAAAAGAACCUUUGGCAGCUUUUGUGAGGAAUUGUUGCUGGUGUUGCUCUGUGCUACCUAGAAAGGACAGCAGAUUGACAUGUCCUGACAUUUCCUGAGGCUGUUGUGUUCCUUUUUCUUUUCUUUUUGUGGAGAAAAUGUCAAUCUGCUGAGUCCAUCCAGUACAUACCCUUAAUAUCUCUACCUCUGGUAGUCCGUGGUAUUGUGACAAAUUGUGUCCUGCUCAUCCACCCUAGGUAAGAUGUGUGGUAUCCAAGGCCAGCUGGAUUAUUUUGGUACUUGAGGCAGAAAGUCUCACUAGUGACUGUCCCACAAACACCUCUCCCCCUCCCUGGCAGCACAGUUUUGAGGAAUAACAAGAGUAACAGCCAAUGCUUUGUUAACAAUUUUCUGCCCUUCCACGACACUCAAAAGUCACCUCCCUGGGGCAGCUGCUUCCCUCUACCUAAGGGCAGGGCCCGCUGCAUGAGGAGAGCGUAAUAACCAUCACCACCUUUUUUUUAAUGUGCCUUUGGACAUUUGGGAUAAAACCAAUGAUAUUUCUACCUCUGACUACCUGCAGAAAAGUUUUGAAAUUGAACAAGACAUGAGCCCUAAAAAUAUUAAGAGUAGCCCUGCUGAAUUAGCCCAGUGGCCCAUCUAAUUCACCAUCCUGUUUUCAUAGUGGCCAACCUAAUGCUAAUGGGGUGCACAAAAGCAGGACAUGAGCACAAUGGCACUCACCCUUCUUGUGCCUCCUACGCUUGACAUCCCGGCUUUAAAAAUUUGUCUAAACUCAUUUUAAAGCUAUGCAAGGUGGUGGCUAUUGCUACAUCUUGUGGGGCUUUUUAAAUAUAUACUGUAUAUAUAUAUAAUUAGUGAAACAUCUUUAUACCACUUUUUCAAAAACACCAAAGCAGUUUACAAAAAAAUCCUCUGAAAGACAAAAGCAUUAAUAACAACGUUAAAACAUAUAAUAAACAUGUAUGGCCUUUUCAGAUGCACUCACUGUAUAACAUUCCUGGCUCCCUAAACCAUGGUUUUGUAAGCCAGGAAUAGCUGUCUGGUCUGUACACUCCUCCUUUGCAUCCUGACCUCCUCCACUGACUUGGAUGAUGUGAUCCUAGUCUUGUCAUGUCUUAAAUGGGGGGACUGUGUUCAUGUCUUAAAUGGGAGGACUGUGUUUUAAUAUUGACUUACCAACUAGGAUCCAAAGCCACAGCUUUAUCCUGGAGGAUGAUUAUGAGGAGUGGGGGGAAGCAUACACCCCCAGCGCUUUCUCCUCGCUUAAUGAACAAGGGUUUAUUGAGCAGGAAACGUUGAACCUCAACUGACCAAAAAAACUUGACGAAACAAGAAGUCUUACAACCUUUCCAAAAGGACAGCAAUGUAAGCAGUUGCAUAACCUCUGUGGGACGGAGGAUGCAAAGCUUUGGGACUGCUACUGGAAAAGCUCCAUCCCAAGCUAUUACUGUCCAAACCUGAUGUGUGAAUGAAGCAGAUUGUAUGCCAUCUAAGUAGACCUCUGCUGGCAACUGGUCUUGUCUGUGUAUAGAUGGACCUUAAAAUACGAGGGCGUGCAAGAUCUUAACAUGCUUUUGGGUCCUAUUAGCAUUUUCUCAAUUGAAUUUCUAGGCUCUGUUGUCCUUGGCUCAGAAACAAACACCGUGCAGCUACCGUAGCUCUUUCAUUAUGGGAACCUUAUUUCUAAAGUUACUCCCUAAAUGAUGGGGACCCACAGAGUUUGUGCUUCGUCUGGGCUAUAACCACAUCUCCCUUUCACAAACAGGAGCCCACCCAUCUCUUUUUCUGCCUCUCUCAGCCUCUGCCAAAACCACCUACAUUCUUUAACCUCCCAACCCUGUGUGUUAUCUUUGUCUGCAACUCUUCCCUCCGGCUGGCUGGCUGUUCUGUACAGAGUUCUCUGAAUGUGUACUUGGAAGGAUAACCAGUGCUUGGAUAAUCCAGUCCUUUGUGUUCUCUCAGGCUGUAAGUGAUAGUUUGGUCUGUGGUGUGUGUUUACUUUUUUCCUUACCCCUAAACUUAGAAGAAUGAGCUAUAUGGAAUAUGAAAGGACUCCUGAUUACUAAAGCUGCCCACACAAGGCAAAUUAUGUGCAAAUUAUGGUGUCCUUUUUUCCCCUUCUUUAAAAAAAGAGUGUAUGGAAACUGUUAUUCUGAUGGGUCCAGUGCUUAUUUCCUUUGUAAGUUACCUACAUUUUAUACUUUUACUUAGAUUUUAUAGCUUUGAAUCUCUUAUAUGCUGGGAGAUAAGACAAUAGCAGAAAGACUAGAGAACCACAAUAUUUUAAGGACCCUAUUGGGCCAAAUUACUGCUUCAGCAGAUGCCUUUUGCACCAAAUUAAUCCAGCACAAAAGGGAUUUGAAAUUUAGGGGCAAGCAAGGUAUCCCAGAUGAAAGGUUUUCCAUUACCCUGGUGUAUAAGAUGAUCCCACAUCACACUCUUUUUAGACAGACCAGAGAGUGGGUGCACAUGAGAAAAUAAAAAUUAUCUCCAAAUGGUUUUAUUUUUGCUCCCUCUGCCUACCCAGCUAUAAUGAUGGAAAGAAGACCUUAAGUUUUCAUGACUCACUCUUCUAUUGUGUAGUAGGAAAGAAGGCAAACUCCCUCGGGGACAAGCAAAGGGUCAAACCAAAAUAUCUCCUCCUGUUCUCCCCAGAGUGAUGGGUACAGAUUCCCAGGCAUAAAGGCUGUGGGGUGUGUGUGUGUGUGUCACGAGUGUGGCAUGUUCGCUGUCAAAGGCAUCUGGUUAGCUUGCAGAGCAGGGAAGAGAAGGGCUGCAGGCUACGUGCAGUCAAGGCGGUUUCCUGCACUGACAACUUUGCCUUGUCCAUUCUCGCCCUCAUUCGAAAUACUCUUCCCACCCUCAUUUUGAGAGGGUAUGCUGUAUCUUCACUGCAGGCUUCGACUUGUACCCCCUUCCCCACCCUGAUGUUAUUUGUCUCGGCUUGGUGUUUUGCUGCUUCUGAGGCCACACUUCCAUAUUUUAACUUUAGGUGUUGGGUGGGUUACAGAGAAGGCUUUUGCUAGCUUUUUGAGAAGAGGCAUGGCUCAUUCUUGCAUAUUAUUGUCUCUGUGAGAGAGACAAUAUUGUAUCUGAGAGAGAGAAUGAUGGCUACUUCCCUUCAUGUGCUUUAAGAAACACUGGUUGGCAGAUCCAAUGUCAGGAUUAACCUCUACACGCUGUUCCUGGAAGAGCUCCAGAUUAAAGGAUGUGGGAGCGCUGGAUUGAACUGUGCAGUGAGCCUCCACAUGGCUCCCCUGGUAGCAUUCACACAUUCCUUUCUGCCCACCGCAUUCCACCCCUGACUGUUCCUGAGUUUUGGAGAAUGAGCCACCAUUGUGCUUCUUGUGCUUAGCAAUAUUCCAAGCUGCUCAAAAGAGAGUUUGGAGCCCAGGAAAUCUGGCACUUACAGGUUCUUUGGUGCCUUUUCUAUCCACCACCUUGCUGCCUCUACCUGUUUACUUCCGAAGUAAAUGCUCAUUGAAAUGCUCAUUGUGACACUAUGUGUGUUUUGGAGUUGUAUAAGCUCACAGGACUUUGUUCAAAAGUAAAUUCCACUUCAGUUUUCAUGUGGGAAGCUUCUAAGAAAGUGCAUCUCUCUCUCUCUCUCUCUCUGUGUGUGUGUGUGUGUGUGUGUGAGAGAGAGAGAGAGAGAGAGAGAGAGAGAAUGCAUUUGUUUAUUCCAGCCCAUCACCUGGAAGUGCACCCCUUUCAUUAUCUUCAUUUGUUUUCCCCAAAACCUCCCGCCAACAGUCAUAUGUCUUGUCCUUAAGACUCACCCACUGAUCAGUUCCUUGGUCAUGUGUGCUUUGAUAUUCUCUAGGUGAGGCUUUCCCAACUGGGUGUCCUCUAGAUGCCAUCCCUGACAACAACGAAUCAUGCUGGUUGAGGGGGAUGGUAGUCCAAAACCUUUGGAGGUCAUCAGGUUGUGGGAGGCUGUUGUAGACUAUUGUUAUUUCUGUAUUGGUUUAUUCCAUUAAUCAUGUUUCCUUUUCCUUUUUCCAAUGAAGCUUUGACAGUGAGAUUCAUCACUAAGCGAUUUAUUGGUGAUUAUGACCCUACUCUAGGUAAGUCUCGCUUCUGGCUUAUGUCUCUUGUACUGAUUCAGAGUGGUGGUAGAUGGUUUAUUAUUAUUAUUAUUAUUUUGGAGAGUUGGCUCCAGCACCAAGAACAAUUGCCAUUUAGCUCUCAAAUACAAACUGUUUGAAGGAAGUGGUGAGGCUGAUAGUUUAAUGAUAGUGCACAUGCUUUGCAUCCAACAGGUUCCAGGUCCAAUCUCCAGGUAUGGUUGGGAAAGACUUUUGUCUGAGAACCUGAAAAUUUGGUGCCAGUCGGUGUUAGAUAAUACUGUGCUAGAUGGUCUGGCUCAUUAUAAGGCAGCAGCCUAUAUUCUUAUGAUGGAAUCGGGGAAGCUAACUGGUGCUGCUACUUUCAUACAGCAACAAUGGGCUCUCUACUUGGUGAAAAUAAUGUCAACGAUUGGACAAGAUGCUAUGGUGAUGAGCUGAAGGUUUAGUGCAAAGAGAACCUAGCACUUUGUUCAUUUCUCCAUUGCCAUCUUGCUCCAUUUACCAAGCAAUUACAUUCUAGAAAAUGCCUUGAUAUUGGACCAAUCAAGCUGAAUCUCCGCUGGGCUGAGUGUCUGUUCUUUGAAUAUAAUAAUAGAGCAAAGCACCAUCUGAAAAUCCUUUCAUAGUUCCCCAGAAAGCCUACUUUGCCUCCAAUUCACUAGUCAUUUUGAAAAAUUAGGUCAUUAUGUACAUGUUGUCAUUUAGCCUAGAGAGGCUGACAGUCUCUCAUCUGCAAGGGAUCCCACCCCCACCACACCCCAAUUGUCAGUUUGGGAGCAACUCAUGGGAAAUUAGAUUAAUACCUGUUCAGUCCUACAUUUCCUCAUUUUUGUUUUCUUUGGUGGUGGAGGUAUUCUGCACAAAAGCAAGAGCUAUCCCUCCUCCAACCUCCAGACUCUUCAGAUCAGGUACCUAGAUAACAUGCAUGUGUCCUGAAAUUACUGCAUUUUCAACAAGGCAAAGAAGCCUGCCUUGGACAGAACUGGAAGCUGAUAACUCUGAAAAGAGAUGGAGUGAUUUGUGAAGUGUUGGGCUUGAAGAACUAACAGGAACUAGUUUGGGAUCCUGGAGCCCUCAGUAAGGCUUCCUGCUGUGUUGUUGUAAUAGCAACAUAAACACCUCCAUUUGGAGUUACAUAUUUAGAGAUUAUGCUGUUAGUCCAUCUGGCCUUUUGAGGAUGGUGUGGGAAUAACAUCGUGUGGGUUGCAGCUUCCUGAAUGGUUACUAAAAAGGUUUGUUGGUGUUUUCUUCUUUUUCUUCAGAGUUUUCCGCCCCUCACAGCUGAAAAGCAACUUGCCAUUUCUGUCUUGUCUUUUCAGCAUUUUUUAUUUUUGGGCUGGGUUGAAAUCCUAUGCACACUCUUUUUUCUUUUUCUUUUUUUUUAAGGAAAUAAGCCCUUAUUGAACACAGUGAGGAUUACUUGCAAGCAAGCAUACAUAGGAUUGCACAGCAUGUCACAGAAUUCACUGUGCACAAAUUUGGCUGAUCUGUAGAAUUCAGAGAGGGCUGUGGGUGGGGAGGGUGAGCAGAGGGAGAGAGAGAAUCACCUUUAAUCUUUUCCUUUUGACAGAGAGGCAUAAUUGCCUGUCUUUGGGUGUAUUAUUCUCCUCACAAUGUGACUAGACAAUAUAUGGCACGUCCCCACCCUUUAAUCCACAGUGCAUAUGGACAGGCUCCUUUAUCAACACAUAGAUCUUGAGCAGGAGAAGAAUGGCCCUCGAGGCCAAGAUGACUUAAUAAGGCUUGUGGGAGCCUGGACAUUUCAUAGUUAGAGGGCAUAUGAGGUUUCAAGGUGAGAACAAGGUGUUUGGGAAGAAAUAUGUUGCUGUGCACAGCUGCCAUUCAGGGCAUCUUUUGUUCAAUAGGUGGCCUUUUCUGCCUUCCUUGGGCUGAGUUUUGCCAGAACAACUGGUGUGCUUUCAUUUUAAUUCACUGGCAAAGUUCCCUUUACCUUCAUGGUCCUUCCCCCACCCCACCAAGACUAGUCCCAGAAUUUCUCCAUUUUGAAGCUUUAGCUCACACUGCAAACAGGAGGCUGGGCUCAUAAUGAACUUUCAGUGAUGAUGGGCUAUAUUUCUGUCCACAGUCACAGUGUGGCCAGCUGCCAUUGCAGGUAACAGCCUGCAUACUACAAACUUCUCUGUCCAUUUGCACAUGCACACCCCAAUCUACUUUUCAUCUCUCCUUCUGGAUCCUCACACUUUUAGUUCCUCUCUCCUUCUACAUCCCACCCUUCUCUGAGAGCCCUUGUUGUGUCUGAGGUGAGGCAGGGGGCAUUUGGGAAGGGGCUCUUCUGUUUUGGCACCCCACUUGUGGAGCUGUCUCCUUUGGAAGGCUCACCUGAUGCCCACCAAAAUCCUUUAAAAAUAAAUAAAUUAUUGGGUUUGAAGAGUUUUGCCGUCUGACUUUAUCUGUUCAAUAGCGGGCUGUGGUGUUUUCUUGAGUUUUAUAUUUUGAUUGUAAACUGCACUGGAAGUUCUCGAAUAGAAAGGUGGUAUAUAAAAAUUAAUGAUGAGCUUAAUAAAAAAAUACAGGUGCAUAAGAUUUCUCGGCAGCGCAAUACGUGUAGGGGGAUUUUCAUGCUGGGCUGUGUACUUGCUUGUGAGCAGAAUCAGGAGGGCAGACAAAGGAAGAGAGCACUCUCCACUCAGCUUACUUCUAGCUUUUAUUUUUAAUUCUGCUCUGCGCAUAUGCCAGCGGAUUUCUCAUACAUGUUUUAUGUUCCACAGAGAUGAUUUAUAGGCACACAGCUGUCAUCGAUGGAGAGAUGGUGCAUUUUGAAAUUCUUGAUACAGCAGGACAGGUAAGGUUCUGGUCACUAUAUCUCAAAACAAGGGGACUGGGAAGGGGCCAGAAAAAAGCCGCCAAAAUUUCCCAGAGGGCUUGGGCUAUAAAAUUUGGGGCCAUAAAGUUUGAGGUUGUUUAUCUUAGAGAGAGGAAAGGCAAGUAAAGGAGAGACAUGACAGAGAUGCAUAUAAUUAUGGCUGUUGUGGACAAAGUCAGUAGAGACAUUUUGUCUCUCUUUCUGAUAAUAUCAGAACCUGGGGCCAUCCAGUAAAGCGGAAUGGCAAGAGAUUCAGGACAAACAAAAGGAAGCACUUAUUUCCCCAGUGCAGAGAUAACUUAAGGAAUUCACAGGCACAAUAUGUUUUGACAGCCACCAACUUAGAUGGCUUUAAAGGGGAAUUGGACAAAUUCACAGAGAAUGAGACUUAACAAUGGCUAUUAUUCAUAAUGGCUAUAUUCUGCCAACCUAGCAGUUCGAAAGCAUGUCAAAGUGCAAGUAGAUAAAUAGGUACCGCUCCGGCGGGUAAAGGUAAACGGCGUUUCCGUGCGCUGCUCUGGUUCGCCAAAAGCGGCUUAGUCAUGCUGGCCACAUGACCCAGAAGCUGUACGCCGGCUCCCUCGGCCAAUAAAGCGAGAUGAGCGCCGCAACCCCAGAGUUGGUCACAACUGGACUUAAUGGUCAGGGGUCCUUUUAUAUUCUGCUUCUAGAGGCACCAUGCCUCUGAAUACCAGUUACUGGGAAACAGUAGCAGGAAAGGGCUCUUACCUUCCCUUCAAGUCUUACUUUGCUGUUGUCUUUUUAAUCAGUAUUUUUAGGUUUCUUUUAUGUCCAAAAGCCUUCAACGUGGCUUAGACAAGAUAGACAAAUCCAAAAUAGAAUCAAACUAUAUAAAAAGACAGAUGCAAAGCAAAAGCAAACAUUUCCAGCCAUUAAAAACCUCAGAGGCAUCUGGUUGGUUGCUGUGCUGAACAGGAUGCUGUGCUAAGAUGAACCAUUGGUCUCAUGCUGAAACAUAAACUAAUAAUAAAACGGUGGAGGUGGAAGCUGGAUGUCCCCAUACCUACUUUCAUUCUGUAAAUGAAGUGGGCAGUUAAAUUGCGUUAAAGGGUAAGUAAUCCCACCUGGCUGGGUUUCCCCAGCCCUAAGAAAGAGAGUGCCCUAAGAAAUAUGUUUCUGAGAUGUAAACAGUGUAGUGGCUAAAAGGGUGCGCAAUGAGCCUGGAAAUCCCCAGACCAAAUUUUUGUUAGUUGUGAACUUACUGUCCAGCCAGUGUCUCUUAGCCUUGACCCCUCUACUGGAAUUAUACUGACUGAUCUCACAUAGUUGCUGUAACUUUUAUUCCGAUAAAAAGGAGCCAAUGUGCUGGUUACAUGGUUAGAGUGUUGGACUAUGACCAGGAAGAUCUAGAUUCAAAUCUCUACUUUGGCAAAGUCUCAACAUGUUACUGGAAAAAAGACAUUAUCUAUCUAUCUAUCUAUCUAUCUAUCUAUCUAUCUAUCUGUCAUCUAUCUAUCUAUCUAUCAUCUAUUUAUUUAUUUAUACAUACAUACAUACAUACAUACAUACAUACAUACAUACAUACAUACUCUGCCCAUCUGGGCAGCUUCCAACACAAAUAAAAACGUAAUAAAACAUCAAACAUUUAUAGAAACAAUCUGAUCCAAUAUAAAAAAAAUCAGAAUAACUUUAAAAUAAACAACUUAUAUCAAAUAAAGCAAUAUUCAAUAAUCCAUUAGACUUUAAUAGUAAACAGUAAAAUUAAACAUCAGCAAACAAUAAUCAAACAGUUUACACUUACCAAUUACAAUAAAGAAUUACUAAUCUAUAAUCAGUAAAAAUAACAGCAAAUCACAAUGCCAUUAUAAAAUGGUAGUAUGUCCUCAUACAAUAAAUAAAUGCCUACAUUAUUUCACCAGUAAUGUCUGUUUCCAAGUAAGUUACUUUUAGACACAACUGUACUGCUCUCCCUUCGUGAGCAACAUUGCACAUUUGAAUUUAAAUCUAACUUGUCCCAUUUUAAAGACACAGACAGAAUGUAGCAUGGACUGUUAGGGAAGGGUGGGAGCUCAGUUACAGAGCAUCUGCUUUGCAUGUAGGGGGAGGUGUUGGCAAGCGCAGGGGAACUCUGAGGCUUGCAGAAGCACAACAAACUUUAGGGGAAAACACCCAACAGCCCAUGAUGGCUGAGGAUGCCUAUUGGGCAUAGAAAGGUGAUUGAUUGUUGUUGGGGCCGUGGAAUGGAAUAGCUGGAGACUUGAACAGAAGUUCUUCACAUUACAACCUUUUGUUGCAGGUCCCACUUGUGAGUUUAUAAUUUCAUUCUCUCUCUCUCUCUAUUGGCCAAAGUAGAUGAAUUGUGGCUGACCAAAUCUGGGACCUGAAUGACCACCGAACAACUGUCAAGUGGGCUGGGUGGGGAAUGGUGCAAUCUGCAGAGGAGAACCAGUGACCGGAAAGGGGGUACAUAACCACCAUUGGUCAUUGUGUACAGAUGUUGUGAGCUCUUUGCAAAGAAGGUGCCGUGCUUAUACAGAUUUGCGAUUGGUCUCUCUGUCCUAGGAGGAGGACUCUCUACAAAUUGAAGAGAAGAUAAAGUGGGGAGAUGGCUUUGCUGUGGUUUACUCUGUCACUGACAGGUGCAGCUUUGACGAAGUCAUGAGGCUCUGCUUCCUCAUCAACCACAUCCAUUCCAGCCCAAAGCGGAGCAGCGCGAGUGGAGAGCCGCCCGUCGUGAUUGUCGGAAACAAGAAGGACCUGCAGUUUGACCGCAUGGUGUCCUCUGAGGAUGGGGAGAACCUCUCCAAGGCCCUGAAGCAUCCUUUCUAUGAGAUCUCUACCAGGGACAGCUAUGAGGAGACGGUGGUGGUUUUCAACACUUUAUACAAUGAGCUGAUGAAGCAAGGUCAUUUUUCCCCAGGGUCCUUCAAGAGGCGAGCAGUGUCUAAACUAAUGGAAAAGAUCCCAAAGAUUCAUGCCAACUCAACUCUGGCCUCGGGUGGCAGGAGCCUGAGCUUCAAUUCCUUCAGGGACUACAUCCCGGAAUGA